ACGGGGGAGGCCCGGGGCUGGGGCCGAACGGGCUUUAACGGGGCACACCGGGGGCGAACGGGCCUCAACGGGGCUGACCAAGCCUCAGUGGGCCUGACCGAGCCUUAACGGAGCUCACCGGGGGUGAAUGGGCCCGAAUGGGCCUCACGGGGCCUCAACGGUGCUGAAUGGGCCUGUCCGGGCCUGACUGACCGGGCCCCAACGGGCCUGAAUGGGGAUGAACGGGCCUGACUGACCAGGCCUGACCGGGUCUGAACACGCCUCGAUGGGGAUGUCCAGGGCUGAACAGGGUCCCAGAGCCUCACGCCAUGGAGUUCCCCGAGCACAGCCGGCAGCUGCUGCGGGGGCUGCGGGAGCAACGGGCCCAAGGUUUCCUCUGCGACUGCACCGUCCUGGUGGGCAGCUCCCCGUUCCCGGCCCAUCGCGCCGUCCUGGCCGCCUGCAGCGCCUUCUUCCACAUGUGUUACGCCGAACGCUUGGACAAAGGCGACUUGGUUUGUCUCAACAGCGAGAUCGUCACCCCGCCGGCCUUCGGCCUCCUGCUGGAAUUCAUGUACGAGGGGCGGCUGGCGCUGGCGGCAACCCCCUUGGAGGACGUUUUGGCGGCCGCCAGUUACCUGCACAUGAACGACGUCGUUAAACUCUGCAAGAAGAAGCUGCAGGCGCGAGUGCCGGCUGAAGCUGACAGCACCAAACGCGAGGAGGAAGAGGAGGAGGAGGAAGAAGACACCCCUGCUAGCCCCCCAGCCGCCCCCCAGCAGCCUCCCCCCACCCCCAGGCCACCCCUUUUAGCCCUCCCCGGCCCAGCCCCCCAAGUUGGGGGUGUCGAGGAGCAGGGUGUCCCCCUCCCUGAGCCGCCGGUGGCCCGUGGGGACGUUGCUGACACACGCAGCCCGGCAUGGAGGGCGACUGGCCCCGCGCCGCCCCCCCCGGAGCUCCCCCACCCCAGCCCCAGCAGCUCGACGGAGGUGACCCCCCGCAUCCCCUUCCCCGGGGCGGCCGAGCUGCCGGCUCCGGGGGGGCUCUGCGCUAGCCCCUGGGCUACCGCUGCUCCUGGGGGGCUGCUCCCCACCGCCGUCAAGGUGGAAGCCAUCGUUAUCUCUGAUGAGGAACCUGAAGCUGGUGCUCGCCGCCCCACCGGCAUCUUCCCCGGGCCGGCCCGUGGCCCGCAGCCAGCAGCGGGGGAGUCAUUGCCCUUUGGGCUACCGGCGCUGCGAGAGCCGUUGUUCCUUCCGCCGCUGGAAGGGCGUGGGGGCUUCGGGAUUUUCACCGAGGAAGCCCCCACUUGCCCCACCUGCGGCAAAACCUUCUCUUGCUCCUACACCCUGCGCCGCCACGCCACCGUCCACACGCGGGAGCGUCCUUACGAGUGUCGCCACUGCCUGCGCAGCUACACGCAGUCCGGGGACCUCUAUCGCCACAUCCGUAAGGCUCAUAGCCACGGGCCACCCACCCGCGGCGGGGCCCAGGGCGACCACGAUCGGGAUUGCGACAACCCGCCCUGAGCCGCCGGCGGGCGGCAGGACCCGGGGGCGCCGCGGGGGCGUGGCUUCUGCAGCGAGGGGGCGUGGCUACGCGGCGGGGGGGCGUGGCGGGUGUACGGCGGUCACGUGGGGGGAAUAAAGCGCCGCUGGUGACGGGCAGGGGGUGAUCCCUACAAGGAGGGGGCGUGGCCUGAGGCCACGCCCACGCCACGCUCCCAUUGGUCUCAUCGCGUCCAAUAGGGGGAAGCGCAUGCGCGGGGCGGUCAGGACAGCGCCCCCUGGCGGGCGGGAGGAGCUGCGGCACCCCCGGUCCCGUCCCAGUCUGAACGGGGCAGAAUCCCAGUUCAACCCAGUUCAACCCAGUCCGCGCCCCGGCCCAACGCCCCUUCAGCCCAGUCCCAGUAAGUCCCCGGGCCCUUCCCAGUCCGUCCCACACCCUCCGGGUCUGUCCUCAGUUCCUCCCAGUCCCGUUCCAGCGCCUCCCAGUCCAUCCCAGUACCUCCCCAGUCUCCCACUCCCUCCUCGUCCCAUCCCAGGGCCCUCCCAGUCCCAUCCCACACCUUCCCAGUCCAUCCUAGUCCCGUUUUACUCCCUCCCAGUCUGUCCCAGUCCCUCCCAGUCCCAUCCCAUGCCCUGACACUCCAUCCCAGUCUGU